GUGGCCGCUGUGGUGAGUACCAAUCUCAUUAUUUGAACAGCUUAAAAGGUUGGUGGGAGCACCCUUUUUUCAUUUGCACUGUAGUGUGCUUGUCAUCAUGCAUUCCAUUCCUCUUGUUGUGGCCCUUUCGUCGCUGGAGUCAGCGGUCUCGAACACAGCUGUUCGAGCCGAUACGUUCACAAACCCAGUCGUUUAUGAAGACUUCGCAGACAAUGAUGUCUCCAAGGGGCCAGAUGGCCUCUUCUACUUCUCUGCCUCUAAUAUGCAUUUUUUUCCUGGAGCACCUAUUCUGCGCUCAGCUGAUCUUGUCAACUGCGAGAUGAUCGGGCACUCGGUGCCGACGCUGAAUUUUGGCUACAACUACAACCUGAAUGGCGGUGUGGCGUACCGCGGCGGUACGUGGGCGUCGACCAUGCGGUACAGGAGAGCGAUAAGACGUGGUACUGGAUAG